AUGUCUGAGUUGAUCAUUAUUCUGACCAAACAUGAGCUACUUUGUCAUGCCAUCCUAGCAUACCAACUCUUCUACUUUCUUGGGAUGCUGCAGGUUUAUGGGACCGUCUUCCAUAUGAACCAAGGAAAUCCUUUCAAGCUAAAGGCCCUAGUGGACAGUUGGCCAGAUUUUAAUACAGUUGUUAUUCGCCCCGAGGAACAGGAGAUGACAGAUGACCUUGACCACUACACCAAUACUUACCAAGUCUACUCCAAGGACCCCCAGAACUGCCAGGAAUUCCUCUGCUCACCAGAUGUCAUCAACUGGAAACAGCAUUUACAGAUCCAAAGUUCACAGUCCAGUCUGAAUGAUGUGAUACAAAGUCUUGCAGCCACUAAGUCCUGCAAGGUCAAGCACACACAGUGCUUCCUCUUUAUGAUGCCUGAGACAGCGAAGAAAUUGGUUCCUUCCUUGCUGGAUGCAAAGAACUUACCAGCCAAGGGUGGCAGAGCCAAGGCCAUAAAUCGAGAGAUGUUUAAACUCUCAUCCCUGGAUGUCACUCAUGCGGCCAUAAUGAAUAAAUUUUGGUCCUAUGGUGGCAAUGAGAGGAGCCAGAGGUUUAUUGAGCGCUGUAUCCGGACCUUCCCCACCUUCUGUCUGUUGGGGCCUGACGGGACCCUUGUGUUGUCCAUGAUGGACCAGACUGGAGAGCUGAGGGUGGCAGGUACUCUACCUGAGUUCCAGGCGCGAGGCCUCAUUUCUCAUGUCGUCGAUUCCCAGGUCCAGGCUCUGGACAAACUUGGCUUCCCCACCUAUUCCCACACAGACAAGAGCAACAAAUUCAUGCAACAAAUGAGUCACACUCUGCAGCAUGUCCCCAUGCCCUGUGACUGGAACCAGUGGAACUGUGUGCCUCUGUGA